AUGAGCGGAUAUGAAAUCAAUCCCUUCACAAUGGUAUUUGUUAGCAGUGGAACAUUGGCAUAUUAUUCGCAAUUGCUCCAUUACGAAAAUUAUCCGGAACUUGUGACUCCAGUCGAUAUCGUGAAUAUUGCGAGAUGGAUUCAUGUCCCUUAUAAAAUUGCCAAAACAAUGAUGCCAGCAGGAUUUUCUGACAGAUUCCGACUUCAUGAUAGUAACUUCUUGAAAGCUUUAACAGAGGAUAUCGAUAUAAACCAUAUUCCAACCACACUCGGUGGAAGCCAUGAGGGCAUUAUCUGCGUUGGAGCAGAACGAGUACUUCCAAGUGAAUACUGGACUCCUGAGAACUCCGAUCUCAUUCAUCAUCUAGAACACCUCCAUAUUCCCUGCCAAAGAAGACCCGCCAUAUAA